GAGGGAGGGAAGGGAAAGAGGGAAGGGGAGGGAAGGAGGGAAGGGGCGGGGUGUCGGGGCCGCGCACGGGGACGGCCCGGGCGCCAUGUUGGAGGGUUGCUGAGCUCGGGGUCUGUGUGUGUGUGGGUGCCCGGCGGCUGCAGCCCCUUUGCUGCGCGGGGUUUGGGGGGGGGGGGCUGGAGGAGGGGAGCAGCGCCGAGCCGGGGGGAGACGCCCGAGGCGGAUCAUGGACAUCGAGAGGCUGCAGGAGGCUCUGAAAGAUUUUGAGAAGAGAGGAAAGAAGGAAGUGUGCCCAAUCCUGGAUCAGUUUCUUUGUCAUGUUGCUAAGACUGGAGAGACGAUGGUUCAGUGGUCUCAGUUUAAAGGCUAUUUUAUUUUCAAACUGGAGAAGGUAAUGGAUGAUUUCAGAACCUCAGCUCCUGAGCCAAGAGGGCCUCCCAAUCCAAAUGUGGAAUAUAUUCCCUUUGAAGAGAUGAAAGAGAGAAUCCUCAAAAUUGUCACUGGAUUUAAUGGCAUCCCCUUCACUAUUCAGCGACUCUGUGAGUUGCUGACAGACCCUAGGAGGAAUUACACAGGAACAGACAAAUUUCUAAGAGGUGUUGAAAAGAAUGUCAUGGUUGUCAGCUGUGUAUAUCCAUCUUCAGAGAAAAAUAAUUCCAAUAGUUUAAAUCGGAUGAAUGGUGUUAUGUUCCCAGGAAACUCACCAGGGUACUCUGACAGAUCUAAUGUAAAUGGUCCUGGAACUCCCAGACCAGUAAAUCGACCGAAGGUUUCUUUGUCAACUCCCAUGACAACAAAUGGUUUGCCAGACAGUACCCAACACAAAGAAUCCAGCUUGCAGCAAGCAGAAGAUAAAAAACACAGUGAAUCACCAGCAUCUGAAUCAGAAGCUGCACAGAGCAGCCCAGUAAAAAAUAAACACUCUGAAGAUGAUCCUGCAGAAGCAGAAGGACAUGAGGUAAAAAGACUUAAAUUUGACAAGGAAGGGGAAGCCAGAGAUACACCUAACCAAACUGCCUCCAGUGAGGGCAUGGAGGAAGAGAAAGAAACAUCCUCUACAUCUCAGGAUAAAGAAAAAGAUUCUCCUUGUGCCAGGCAGCACUGUACAGAGGAAGAGGAGGAAGAGUCAUUCAUGUCUCCCAGAAAUGCUGGUCCAGACAGAAAAGAGCAAGAAAAAGACACUGAAUCCUCAACUGUGAAUGAAGAGAGCUCUGAGGAGAACAAUCAAAUGGAGGAGUCUGAUCAGUCUCAAGCAGAGAAAGAUUCACAUUCAGAUGACAGUGAAAUCAGUGGAUCUGCCAGUAGUGGAGCUGACUGCAGUGAAACUGAAGAGUUAGGGUCCUAUGCUAGUGAAACUCCAGAAAAUUCAUCAGAGACCCCUAUGGAAAACAGCAAUGAAGCCACAGAAGUUGCAGAUGAACCUAUGGAGCAAGACUAAUUUAAAUACACUUAGAUGCAGUAUUUUCCAUAAGGCUCUGGUUUUACACUGUAUAAAUAAUUUUAUGUAAUAAAGUGGACCUUUAGUUUUACAAAAAGAAGCAGGUUGUAAAAUAAACCUCUCCAUGGAUUGAACCUUGAAAGAGUUGUACAUGAUAAGAACUGUGAACACCAGCUCUUUCAGGUCCUGCUUACCGCUGAACUUUCGUUUGGUCAAAUCAGUGGUUUGUGUAUAGUUUUUUUUAUUUAGAAUAAAAGUUUUUAAACUGGAAGGUAAUUAUAAUUUUGACAACUUUUUUGGAGAUUACCACACCUAGUUGUAUGUAAGCAAGGAAGCUUUUUGUCUUGUCUUUUUCUGACAGCUAUAGCAGUUACUUCAUAUUUUGGUUACAGUUUCAACAUUUGACAUGUGAAAUAUGGGGUUUCAUGCUGGUUUCCAGAUUUUUAUUUGAAUACACACUAGGAAGCCUUCUGUUUGUGUGUUUAAAGAUGUGUUACAUUUCACACACACACACAUGCACGCAUGCACACACGUGUACCCUCACUGUUCUAAGAGGGAAAUGGUAUAUUUUUCUGUUUCUGUAAAAGAUGAAUCCAGCAAAUACUUUUUCUACAGGAAAAGGCAGUUCACCUCUCAAGGCACUUUGUUUUGCCUCUGGAAAAGAAAACAAAUGAAAUCUGGCCCUUUAUGAAACCCUGGAACUACUAAUGUUGUUGAAAACACCAGAGUAAACACAUUCCAAGAGAACUGUUCAGAUUACAACAUUUUUGUACACUUCUGAGGUGCCUGAGUGAAAGGAUUUCAUUUAUUUAUGAGAAAAUGUGCUUUAUGUUGAGAAUGUUGUAAUCAAAACAUUAGCUUAAACUUUUUGUAGAAGAAAUGCUUGAAAAUAGGAUAAGAAAAUAUCUUGGAAGGAAUGAACAGGUACUUGCCUUUUUUGAGUGCUUCUUGGAGCAUUGUGAAUAUUGUAGGGAAGGUUCAGAAUUAUUCUAAGGUAUGCAGAUGGCAUCAGUCUGAUCACACCACUGGAUUGGAAGAAUUAAUUAUAUGACCAUAGUUAUGUACCUGUGCUAAACAACAAAAAGGUUUAGGGGUGCAUAGAAAUUGCCAUGAUUUGUAUCACAUUUUGGAAGUGAACUAAAUAUUUUUGAACAUGCUACUUUGACAGCCAGUGUUACAUUAUUUUUUUUUUUUUCAGACCAGCUCCAAAGCACAAACUACUGCUUUAAACUCUCGAGAUAUUUUCCAGUUCUCAUAUCUAAAGACAUGCAAGCUGCAACCUCCCCAUCACAAUUACUGGCUGCCAAAUUUCUACCUGUUUCUUCAACUGUACCUUUUUGAUAUUUAGAAUUUUUAAAUUUCUGUAAAGUAGAUUUUUGUAGAUUGUAAUGAGUGCUCACUGCCAUUGUGAAACGGUAUAUAAUUGUAUAAUUCCUGUGUGUAAACUGAAUGCUUGGGCUUUCAAUACAGUAUUCAUAUAAAGCAAUAAAUAUUAAUGUUAUGAAAUAUCUGAGUACAUUUUUAUCAGAAUUGUCCCUCUUUUGGUUUUAAGUUCAUGUAUCUCAAGUACAACAAUGACCUCCAAAAUGCAUGCUGAUAGUUCCUUGCACUACAUGGUAUGCUUCCUAUUAUUCUGGGGAAAUCUAGGUUUUGCUUGAUACCAGAAUAAUUUGGCUCAGUUGGAAUAUUUAUAAAGCUAUUUCUUGGUGAUAUAAACUAUCAAGUUUGAAGCAGACAGGAUCCAGGGAGAUGCUUGCAAAAAAAAAAAGAAAAUAACAGUAACAUCUUACUGAUCGAGAGCCCCAUAGAGAAGGAAAAUUGUGCUUAAGGGUUGGAUGUGUAUUAUAAAAUUAAAGGACUGAACCCAAAUGUUGAAAUUAGGAAAGUUAAAUAUAGUGAUAUCUUACACUUCUUUUUUUUUUUUUUUUUUAAUAUUUUGCCAAUGAGAAAGUUUUAAAAUUUCUAAGUUUAGAGACUUCUGGAAUUUUCUUCAGACUGUUUAUUUGUUAAGAUAUUGUCAAUAAAGUUGUUCUUUAAGCA